GCCCUCGGGCCCGACAGAGCCCCUGGGACGGGACAGAGCCCCUGGGACGGGACCGAGCCCCUGGGACGGGACAAAGCCCUCGGGACGGGACAGAGCCCUCGGGACGGGACAGAGCCCCUGGGACGGGACAGAGCCCUCGGGCCGGGACUUUGGUGGCCGGGACGGCGCAGGCAGCGGAGCCAUGAGCCCGACAGAAACUACAAAGGAUAUCCUUGUGAUAUAUGAACAAGAAGCAGAAGAGUGGGCUCUAUAUUUAAAAUCUCUUUUUGGACUCAUAGUGAACAAAGAAGGAAUCUUACUCUGCGAUCUAGAGAAUUCAUCUUUCAAGCAGCAGGAGCUACUCUGUUUACCAGCUUAUAAGUGUAAACUCCUGAUACUCUCAUGUGGACUUCUUAACUGCCUGAAUCAAAAGAGAAGUUAUUUUCUGGAACAAGUUCUAAAACCUCCGGAUAAUGUGGUAAUUCUGCUUUGUGGAGUGGAGAAUUCAGAGAUUCUUUAUGAGAUGCUGACCUUAGCUGGAGGCAGCAAAGAGAUUUCUACUGAUCAGAAACCUGAGGAAUAUAUUUCUGUUGUUAAAGAAAUUAUUCAACCAGAUAAACCAGGGGAUGAAAAUCCUGGAGACUCUGUGUCUUACAUCUAUGAACCAGUUCUUGUAGAUGAUCACCAGACUUUCUCUGAUGUUAACUUGUCAGGUAUCACAGGAGCAUCAGAAGAAACAAACUUCACUUUUAAAACAGAGGCACCUUCUGAAAGAUUAGAAAGUAACAAGCAGUCAAUAUUGGUGCUUCCGAGAAGAGUAUCAUGUGAGAACCCUGGUGAAAUAUUCAUUCUGUUGAAAGAGGAAAUAGAUGAAGAAACUCUAGAAAUUGAAUUCAUAACAGAUAAUCAACGAAUUAGAACACAGACAGCCUCUUGGAACCAGAAUGUCAAAUAUGUGAAAGCCCUAAAUUUUCCUGCUGGCCCUGUAUAUGUAAAUGUCUACUCUGGGGGAGUCAUUAAGACGACAGCACAGAUUGAAUACUAUACUGCACUAGAGGAAAUUGAACCCAUUUUAAAGAAAGUGGCCGACCCAAUAGCUUUCACUUGUCAGCAGGCAUUGAAAUUUUCUUCUGUAGAGAAGGUAGACAAUGUUCUGACUUCAUUACUGAAAAGCAAAAUAUCUGCUCAUGAAUUCAGCCCAUUCCAAAGUGGAGAAGAGCACCAUCACCAAGCUAAUAGGCAUUUGGAAGAAUUUCCUACCCUGCUUCACUGUGCAGCCAGAUUUGGUUUGAAGAAACUUGCAACAUGUCUACUCUGCUGCCCUGAGGCCACACAGGCUUGCAAAAUAACCAAUAAAUAUGGAGAUGAUCCAGAAAGUAUUGCGAAGAAGCAUGGGCACAAGGAAUUAAGAAAAUUAAUCAAAGAAUUGUCAAAUUGUGCAGCAAGUGAUUUCACUAAUUGCAAGGAGGAAGUGGAACACAGCAACACUUGUGAUCUUAUGUUAGGCUCAGAAACUCCACCAGCCCUGGCCAAGCAGAACUCAAGAGAUCAAUAUGCAGUUGGAUCGAAAUGCCAACAAGAAGUCGAGGUGGAUGAGGAAAAGAAGGAUGACCUAAAAGACAGCAGAGAGGAGACAGAAUAUGAAAAUGAAGAAGAGGAGGAUUCAUACAGAAUUCACAACAGUCCUGGCAGUUUGUAUGCCAAUGUAGGGGAUGAGCUCAAAGAGAGCAGGAGAGAUUGCUUUUUAUGCAAGAGGCCACCCCCUCCUCCCCCUCGAAAUCUGCCUGGCAUCCAAAGACAGGACAAUCUGCAUAAUUCAUUACAAGAGAGGAAUUUUGUGAUGGACAGGAGUAAGAGAGAACAGGGUGAUGGACUCACAACUGCAUGCUGCAGAGAAGACCAAGGUACCUGCGAGGAGGACAGCGAGGAGGAGCACCCCUACACUUGUGUGGCACUGGAUGAAUGUGUGUACGACCUCAUCCUGGGGCAGGAGGAGCAGGAGGAGGAGAAAAGGAAGCACUGCAGGUCCUUUAUCAUGAACAGGCCUCCAGCCCCUGCGCCUCGGCCCGUGUGUUCACUGCUCAGAGAGGACAACACUCCCUACAUAGUUCAAGUGUUUCAGCAAAAGGCCUGUCGAGUGACCAGUGACACCAGCAGGACAUACUGCGAGGCCAAGAAUCCUGAAGCACACAGAAACCACACUGAGACAGUAACUUACAGCACUUCUGUACACAAGAUCCCUCCUGAACAGGAAGAACUCAUCCACUUGCAGGAACUGGUGAAAAAAGGGGAAAUUUCAGUGGAUGAAGCCCUUGACAGAUUCAAAGAGUGGCAGAACAAAAAGCAGAGACUACCAUCCACUCAACAGGAAAAAGUACAUCACCUUAGAGACACCACUGUCAGAAACAGACAAGAAAAUGAAAACCUGAAUGUCUACAGCUAGGAGCCCAAGAGACAAGGAACAGAUGCCUAAUUACCCAAGGUAAGACCAGGUAUAUGGAUGCACACGCACACACAAAUGUUUGUCAUGGAAACAGACACUUGUGGAGGUACUUUCCAUCAGAGUGCAUUUGUGUAACAGAAGGAUGGAGGUGCAUCUCAGACAGAGGCUCGAUUUCAGAACAUAGACCAUUAUCAUCACACAGUCUGGUUUGUACUAAAGCUUUUUAUCAGCUAUCAACCUAUUCUUGUGUAGUGCAGGGCAAAUUAGUGAGCAAUGAGGCACUGAGCUCACUUGUGGGUGCAGCUGAACAGAGCUCCUGCCAGUUAUUGCCACUAAGGCAGGGUAUGCACCUAAAAGCUGUAUCAGAGUCCAGUCCUACAUCCUGAUUUCACAAGCAGUAUCAAACUUAUUGAAUAAAGUUCAAAGCCAUAGAUAAAGUGAUGAGUCCAGAUUAAACACAAAACCAAUGGUCUUUUAAGUGCUGGGAAGCUUAGUGGUGAUGAUACUGUCUCCAUAUACAGCAGGAUUUUCCAAUGGUUGUGCUAAUGAGGUUUUUUUUUGGUUUGGGGCAUCUAAGGACCUCUGUAAUAGCUGGGGAGCUUAAUUAUUACUAUCUGCUACCUGUGUGUUUCCAUUGAUAUCUCAUUAUAUUACUAUUAUAUUAAGAUAUUGUUAUAGCAUUAAUGUUAUUAUUAUGUAAUAUUAUUAAUAUUAUGAAGUAGUAUUGUUCACAGUAGCAAAUUGAUGCAAUUUAUUCCUGAAGACAACUGUAAUUUUAAAGGCUUUGUUAGCUAAGUUACUGUGAUUCAAUUUGCCUCUUCAGCUUUUCCAAGUGAGGGGAAUGCAGUGUGGUACUGUUGUUGUUUCUUUGGACCAGAAAAUGGAUUAACUUCAGCAGGGUCUCUUCUACCACCUACUCUCAUGUAAAGGAGAGAGAAGUUGCUCCUUGCAAGAAAUGUGUGUCCAUGUCUCAUUUCUGGAGCCACUGCUCACUGGAGUGCAGUGUCCACACCACAAAAUAAUAGGUACCUCCUCUGCUGCUGCUUAUCCUCUGAAUCACUUGUUCACAUCUCCCCUCUUCAAAAGUUCUCAUAACAACAACAACAACAAAAGAAAAAAAAAAUAGUCUUAUGACCUGAGCUGAAAAUGAAAAGCUAUUGCUCCUUCUUCAAGAGGCAGCUUAACCUCCUACAUGGGCAUUCCUAACAGAACUGUCUCCUUGAGUGGAGAUGAAGUCACCUACACUAAAUGAGUAAAAAAGCUUUGAAUUUUAAAAGCUCUGAGGCUGGAGAAAACUAUUACAAAAAACUGGGUAAUAUCAGAGAUGCUUAUAAAUUCCAGAUUGCUAAAGUGAGAUGAAUCAUGCAAGGGGAGAGGGGGAAUUACCCUUGGGAUCAGAACAGGUGAUUUCUGUCACUUUAAGAAAGUAAUGAUGUGGGAGAGAGAUGAAUUAGAUGUGGGAGAACUUGCAAACAUAAUUUAUCAAGAAUAUUCAAUAAAUUCUGUUUGUGAAUUAUCCACAUCAAACUGCAAGGUUCUCCUCCUCUGCAAAGUAUGGCCUCUCCAUAGUUUUCCUGCUGUUUUCUGUCUUCAGACUGGUUCAAAGAAACCACUUCUUUUUUAAAGACUAAUUUCAGGGAGAUUUUUGAGCGUUUCAACAAAUUGCAGAUAAACAUUCAAGACCUGCCUUCCUAUUGCUCAUGUUUUGACUCUCACAAAAGUUGUUUUCCACUCCAGUGCAAAGUUCUUGGCUAACUCAGCUCAGAAUCCUAUUUUGCUUACAGAAGGUGGGAGGAGGAUAAGGGAAUUGAUAUUCAGCUGGGGGAUCUGAACAAACAGAAUGAUUUUGAUUCUCUCAUAUUCAUUUCAAUAAAUACAGUUUGAUCUUAUUCUAAACAAACCUGGCCCAUCCAUUGCAUAACAGGUAGCAUUUCUCAGCAUUACCUGCAAGGUGGCUCUCCAGCCAGCUGCACAUCAGUUUCCUCUGCUUGGCAUCCCACACAUGUUCCAGCUGUGCCUUGGCAGCCUCAGGCUCCAGCCCAUCCUGCUGUGACACUGCCAUGGGAUUAUUGCUGCACUUCCAGUGCCUUGGAUUCUCUCACCAGGACCAGCUCUGGAAGAAGACCAGUAUCACUAAAGUAAAUUAAUAAUGUUUCCUGUAAAGUCAUUACCGAAUUUUACACUUUUUCUUUACUUUUCCUUUUUCCAAGAUGACAGCUGACAAUUUAUAUGAAGAUGUAUUGCCUGCUUUGGUUAAUAAUUUUUGAAGUAAUUUCAGUUUUUCCAUUGUGCUUGAUAAGUUGUUUAAAAGUAGAUUUUAUGCACAAAAGAAGAAGACUGUAAAAGAUUAUGAAGGUUAUUAAGUGAAAGUAAAUAAAAUUUAGCCCUUACUUUUUUGUUGAAACAUUUUUAUAUUCACUCUGUAUAAAAAAUCGUCUGUAUAAAAGUGGUCUGAGGAAUAAUUGUAUUUCAUCACCAGUUUAAGUAAUUGUAGUCACAUUAAAGCUGAUUUUUUAAGCCAAACUGUGUAAACCAGUACUAAUUAUCUACUAAUGCAUUAAAGUGAUUCUGAGAAUUUGGUUUACAAGGAAA